AUGGCAAAAACUGUGCGUAACCGAGGAAUCCGUAUCAUUGCCCUGUCUAAUGGCAUGAACAGCGACUAUAAGACAUAUGUAUCGUCACUCGGGCUUAUCGCUUCAGGUCCAAAGGAAUAUUACAGAGUUGACAACUCCCAGUUUAAUGAAGUUCUUGCAGAGUUAGAGAAAACUGUAUGUAUCUCAGAACCACAAAGUAAGUAGACUGUGAUGGUUUUAUACAAACCUGUUACUAUUGGUCUGUCAAAAUUAGGGUACCCUCCAGAUAUCAGGAGUACAUUCUAUCAUUAUCAUUUCACUGGCAAAUACAGUUUCGACUGGCUGGAGCACUUUCUCUGUAAACUGGCCAUUUACCAUUCAUUCACACUAUAUGCAAUGCAUAUACUUGUUGAAAAUUAUGACAUCACUAAAUCCAAAAUAAUUCCACGUUUACCGAUAACACAGCUGGGCAUUUUAGUCAGAAAACGUAAAAAAACUAACCACGCCUCUAUACGAUGGAAUAUCUAACUACCUUUUAACACAACCAGCCCUCGAUAUUUCGAAACCAUUAAUACGGUAUGUUAUUUCUCAUUGCAGUUCCAGAAACGUGUUUUAGUCAAAAACGUCGAGUAUUUUUUGCCCUGGAUAGCUCUUCAGGGCGUGGCAAGAAAAAAUUCAGAGAGGUAAAGGAAUUCAUGGAAAACUUGGUGACAAAACUUCAGAUUGGUGUGUCAAAUAGUCCUGUUGGCUUCCUACAGUAUGACGAUCUCACGACUUCAAGAGAUCGUGUAGUGUUCGAGAAGGAUGAGUCAGUCGAAGAAACCUUAUCUCGUAUCAAGAAUAUGAAAUACCGUAAAGGAAGAGAGAGUUACCUUGGAAAUGCUUUGAAAAUUGUUAAUAAUCAGGUACAGUGUUAAUUUUUAAAAAAAUUUCAACAUAUGAGCUAAACUUGGGAGCAAAAUUGACUCAUAUUACAAUGUUACAUUACAGACAUAGAUUAAAACAAUCAUAAUUGCAGUUGGUAGCUGUUAGUUAACAUGUCGAGAAAUAAUGGGGAACGCAUGCGUAUGAUACUUGCUGGCAUUUGAUCAGAAUGAUCUUAUGGGAGAUUUAGAAGGGAAACUGAAAAUAUGCGUUAAUAGCACGUUCAAUUUUGUAUUUAACUAAUAUUUCGAUCGAAUAAAGGUUGUAUUUGACAACCGUCACUUGAAUUUAAUUAAACAUCCACCCUACGGCAUCAUUAACUCACUUCUACUUAGCUUUCCAUUGAAUUCACUAGGUCUUCCCACAUAGUACUGACCGCCAUGGGGAAUACAAGGAUUUGCUUAUCAUCAUUGCACACAAACAAGUCAAGGAUGCGCAGUUGGCAUUUAAUGAAGCUGAGGAGCUUAAAGGCAAAGGUGUAGAAAUAAUAUCAAUUGCUACGGGCGGCAGAAAGAGGAUCAGCGAGAUAAAAAGCCAAUUACAAGUGAUCUCAACACCAACCAACACACAUUCUGCGGACUAUACAUCAUUAUGGGCUGUACUCGACGAAGUCCUGGUUAAUGUCUGUGGCCUUGGACAAUGUUCUUCGUGUAAGUUGUAUAUCAUAGGCAGCCCAGAAAAUAUAUGUAUUCACGCGCUUUAUUGUGUAGCUUAUUAUGAGUGCAGACUCUCGUGGUUACGUCAUUGUAUUGUCAUAUAGUAUAACAUACUGCAAUCUGGAAUUUUCCAAUUGUUCAGCAGCCAAUAAACAAUAAGCCGAUCGUUUUUCGAGAUGAUGACAUUUGUCGAGCAAUAAUUUGCAUCCCACCUAUCUACAGCAACAUUUCAAUAAUAAAACACUUUUUAUUGUAGCAAUUUAAGUGCUUCUAAACUUUUUUCAAAAGGUUUUUUGUAUCUUGACUUUUUUCAGAAAUUUGCGUUACUUUGGUGUUUCAAGCGAACGUAUUACUGUGUGUAAAUGUAUUGUGUCAAAGAGUUGACAGCCUUAGGAAUUAGGAUAUUUACUAUAUGCAUGACAAUACCAUAAGGUUCGGUCACACGGAGCGACAAGUCGCAGGGGCAUGUUGCAGGGACAUGUCGCGGGGUCGAAUUUCAUCGUGUGUCACAUGUGUAAGCGUUGUCGCGGGGACAAAAAAUUGUCCCCGCGACAUGUCGCAUGGGGAGUUUACAAGAAUACUUGUGUAUGUGACGUUAUGUUUGAAAUUUCAUUGUUCAAUCUAAUUAAUAAUUUACUAGUUUUGGCGAUAACAUGUAGUCCGAAGAAACAAGACAUCGCGUUUGUGAUUGACAGUUCUCGAAGUAUUGGCAAAAGGAACUAUAUUCGACUGCAAAGAUUCACCCGGCGGUUAGCUUCAAGAUUGGAUCUGGAAAAGGAUAGGACACAUCUAGGCUUGCUUCAAGUUGGAAAUCGCCAGGGCUCCCGUUUCCAGUUUAAUAUGGGUGAAUUUCCAGACCGCAGUGAUAUACUCUACAUGAUUAACGACAUGAAGUAUUUGGACAGUACGUACACAUAUAUGGGCGAAGGAUUAAAGACAAUCCGUGAAGAGGUAUAAAUAUUUCCUUUAAAUUUCUGGAUCUUGCUAAAUUUCUGGGUGUUUUAAUACACUUAUUAUAGGUGUAAUAAUGUACUUUAAAAUAUUACUCGACUAUGAUUGGUCGAUUUUAAACAGCAGUGCAAAAUUUGUAAUCACAGUACAAUUUUUUGUAAUCAUGCACAGUGUAAUUUUCUGUUAUCACAGUGCAAAAAUCUGUAACUAACUGAUCUGAUUGGUGGGAAAACAAUGCGAUGAUAAAAUCAACCAAUCAGUUUAAAGCAGCCUUCAAGUAACGGUCACAGCUUGCUUCAAAACAAAACAAACAUGGCGCCGCGCUACAUAUUAAAAGUAAAAGUUAACUUCGGGUGGAAAAUAUGACUUUUAUCUUUUUUUUUUAAUGGAAAAGCCUUUAUCUUAAACAAAACUAACAAAACUUACAUACAGUAGAUGAGUGGAAUUUCCAAGCCGUUAGCGUUGUAUUAAAGGGUUAUUGACCGUGCGUGAGGUCUGUACUGUGAAAUAUCAGACUGAGGUUUUUUAGUAUGGAUCGAGCGACGAAGGAGGGAGGUCCAUGCAAAAAACAGAGGUUUGAUAUUUCACAGUACAGACCAAACAAGCGAGGUCAAUAAUCGGUUUAUUUUAUGGCUGAAUUGAGUCUGUGACUGGCAUAUGCAUAAAUCGGCUAUCGUCAGUUUCACUGCAUGCUCAAUCAUGCAUGCUCAAUCAAAAACAAUUUGGUUGUUUGAAAUUUUUAUCUGUAAAUUUUAAUUACACAAUUGGAAAAUUAAAAAGCAAAAAUAUUUUCUGUUUGCAAAGCAAAAAUUUCCCACCAGAUAAACGACAUCCAGGACACCGGUCCAGAUACGGAAUAUACGGACCACGGUCCGGAUAUGUGUUUUUACGGACCGCUUUUCAACCAAUCAGAAUAGAGAAUUUUGAAAAGCCAUACAAUAAAAUGUGAUAUAGCCUGCGUAGCGGCUCUCAGAAAGGAGAGCCUGCACGAGAUCUACUGUUUUGCCAUUCCCGCCCUCUAAGCCUGCGGGCUACGCCCACCUUCAACAGAUGUCAAAAUUGGCCAGUCACACAGAUUGUUUACGUUUGCAAAUUUACUUGUCAAAAUGAAAUAAUAUAGAUUGCUUUACGUUUGCAAAUUUCAAAACGAAAUAAUAUACGGAUGUCGGCUAAAGAAAAUUGAAGUCUGUGGGAAUAGCGCGAGAGCAGUUUUCAUCGUCGUCACAAUUACGUAUCCACGUCGUUUGCAUCUCCUGGAUACGUACAAAUUUUAAAUAGUUUCGACAGCGGUCAACCGUGAUGUAAAUGUCGAAGUUUCGAGCAAUGCAGGGACGAGAAAGGUGUCAUGAAGCUGCCACUUCAGAGAAAGCAAGUCCUGUUUGUAAGCAUUCACAGCAAUUCCCUCCUGGCACAAAAUUAUCCGCUACGAAUUAAAAUCAUCAAGAAAAAAUAUUAUAAAUAUUUGUCGACGAUGAAAACGAACACGCUCGUGAAAGAGACGCGGCUAACAGACAGCAAUCCAAUGAAUACACCACAGCCACUCUUUCUCUAGAGCUUCAUGAACAAAGUUCGUAAGUACUUUUUUCUUCAUCCUUAAAUGCGAAUCGUGGCCUUAACAGUAAGCUGUUUUGAAUGCAAAACUCAAGAAAGACCUCUCCUGCAUCCACCGUGUUUGUUCACAAUCAAGCUAUCUAUCAGUAGUUAUUUUAUAUAAGUGUAUAAAGUUAUGAGUUUUUUACCGUGGUUAAAUAAAGUUUUUGAAUAAUCAACGAGCAUUUUAGCAUAAAUUAGCAUAUUUUUCAUUUUGAACCAAUUAGAUUUCUCGUUCUUGGGAGAACGAGUAAAAACGGCAAGGCAUGGGGUUCCGUGCAGGUUUCUGAGAGCCGCUACCCAGGCUAAAUGUGAUAUAACAAAGCAGGAAAACUUUGUCAGUGGACUGUUCGCUAUACGAAAUUAAAACUACAAUUGUCUCGAACAUUUGUAUGUAUAUUAUUAAUACGUAAUAGGAUAGUUUCUCGUGAAAUUUGGAAAAAUCAAACACUCGUGAGUUUUUCAAACACCUCAACUGAUAGCACUCGUUCUUCGGACUCGUGCUUUUAUGAUGCUCUUUGAAAAACUCACUCGUGCAUGUUUUGUCCAAAUUGCAUUCGAAACCAUCCUAUUACCCACACUAAGUUUGGUGUUCACUAAUACAAAAAUGGUUUUAAUAUUUACACAACAGUAGUGCACGUUUGCAAAGUUGCAAUGAUUCACACCAUUUUGGAGAGAUUUUUUAGUAGUGUGGAAAGCAAUUAUUGACUAAGAGCUUGUCUGAAAAUGUUGCGGAAGAUUGCACCUUUCCGGCUCUAGGUCAUUCUUUGCUAUUGAGAUUACUGAAUCUCUAGGUAUUUAUCGACUUUAAACCUUAAAACAUCUUAAAGAGAGCUGUUAAAAGCGGACUGAUCACGCCAGUUUGGAAGUGACGAUAAUAAGAAAGUUGUAGAUUGAUGGGAAUACAACUACCUGAAAAAUAGAAGCAGAACUUUAACUUUUUCAGCGAAGGUCCUUCGUCGAAAAUUUACUAGUACGCCAAGAGGAAUAUUGUGUGUUACAAGUCAACGCAUAGGUAGACUGCGAGCGGUCCCUCCUUUCCGCGGGUUUAGAUUUCCGGGCAUGCGAAAGGAAAGGAGGGACUGCCGACAACACAUGAUGAAACGAAAUAGGCGUUGCCCACACAACGCAAAAUUCCCAUUGGUCGAAAUCGAUACGCCUGUCAAUCAAGUCUGAUACGUAGUGGUUAUGUUGUAAAUAAUUUCCAGAACUGAAUGUUGAUUUUAUAAAUAAACAUGAAAUUAAGUCAUUAACGGUUCCUAUUGGACAGAUGUAAUUGGAUAUAAAUAAUCUUUAUGUAAAGGCGGAGCCAACUUGACAAGAACGAAAAGUAGGCGUAUUUCGUUUCUUGAUGUGUUGUCGGCGAUCCCUCCUUUCCCGCGGGACGGCUCGCGCUCUAACGCAUAGGUGAAACGCCUGCUCUUUUAAGUUCCAGUUGAAAGUGGGAUUUGGUAAAAGAAUAGCUUGAAAAUGGGAUGCAGAAGAAAAGAGGGCUGGAAAUAGGAUCCAGACCCCUUCAGAACCCUCCUAAAACCGUGCGAAAAGUGGCGUAGGACUAUAACUUGAAGUUAUCUGGGGAAAGGUCCCUGAUUAAACUGAGGAUAAGAACGUCGUGUUGCACUGAACAAUUGAUCCUAAUAAUAACAUUGGGUAUCUGCGUAUAGGCUUGCUUGUCCUGGUGUGGGAAAUAAUAACUCGGGGAGGUGGGUAAUAAUCCUUUCGAAAACAAAAUAAUAUAUUCAUAUUGAUUUACUAGGUCUUCAACCAACGUGGUCGAGAUCGUCCUGACAUUCCUAACACUUUGGUUAUUUUUGCUGACGGCCAAUCUCACGACCCUCGCGUCAUGUUGGAAGAAGCGCAAUCACUGAAAACUCUGGGAGUUAAAAUUCUCUCAGUAGGCUAUGGCCAAAAUGUAACAAUGAGUUCUUAUGGGAUGAAAAACCUCAUGAAGAUGGCAACAAAUCAGAAAGAUGUAUUCAGUAUUGAUUUCAAAAAUAAUGACUUGGUAUUAGAAGAAAAUAUCGAAGUAAUUGCAAAACAAUUGGUAGAAGUGGACUGUCCCAGAGCAUUUGCACGUAAGUUUGUUUUAUCUGUACUAUAGAUCUUCAUCACGUGUUUGCAGGGCCUCCCAGAGAAAUUCAGAGGCCCCGGGCAAAUUUUUAAUUCGUUGCCCCUAUAUUUUCCCAAAGAUGUUGGCGAGGGGGGAAGAGUAAAAAAAAUUUUCCCGCACAAUUCCAAAAUAAAAAGAUUCAAAUACUUGUAAAAACACGGGUAAAACAAUGGGUAAAACACAUUUUUUCAGACCAAUACCAGUAAAUUAAGGUAUAAAAUUUUUUUCUCAUAUCAUUAUUUGUAUAAAAAAAAGGUUCCAAAUAAUUUUUUUUAAUUACACCUUUUGUGGCCCCCCUUUAGACCCCCGAGCAAAUUGCCCCCUUUGCCCCCCCCCCCCUGAAAGACAAUGCAUGCUUAAGUCGAGUACCAAAGAUGUGCAUUGUAUUUUCAUUUUCUGUAAUGUAAAUUUUAUAUCUUGCUUUGUUUUAAACGUUCUGGACUGGAUUGUGAUUUUGUAGAUCUGAGUUGUUAUGAGUUAGAUGUAAUGUUUACAACAUGAGCGGCCGUGUUGUAUUGGAUAUACAAACUCGAGCCGAAGGCGAGAGUUUGUAUAUCCGAUACAACACUGACGCGAAUAAAAAACGACUCAUCUUAUGAGUUCAUUGACGAAGUAAUUUUAAAAUUAAACGUUGUCUAAGCCGAGAAAAUCAAAGUGAAAGUUUAUGUAAAUCAACAUGAAUUAUUAAUGAGUUUUUUAAGGUUAUUUACAGCUCGAACGGACAAACCGAGGCCGCUUUUGCAUAUUUUUAAUGUUUUCAAACUAAGCCAAAACCAAUCAACAGCGGGUAAUUUAGACCUAUGGCUAUCUCAUAAGUUCAUAACCGGAAAAUGUUUAGUCAAAAUAACCCAGUGGCGAUUGGUUUUGGUUAGUCUGAAAGCAUUAAAAAUAUGCAAAAGCGGUCUCGGUUUGCCCGUUCGAGCUGUAAAAUCACCAACACAUGAUAAACUAGCCACCAAACUGGUGAAAAUGACACUCUAACGACUUUAGCUUUCAAUAUAUUUUCCGGGCAGCAUGCCCCCAAAUACCUUUCCAUUUAAUAAACAAUUAAACUAUAAAUCUAUAUUCGAAUUAGCACAGGUAAUAUUGCUUCAGCCUCUCCUUGGAUCCCUCCUACGACUAGAAAUCCUGACUACGUUACUGACUUGAGUCAAUUUAAAACUUGGCGUUGGAACUCUAUGAAAUACCAGAAUACGGAGGCUAUUUCAUGAACACUGCAUAUGACUUUAGUACGGGGUGUAUGGGGCGGCGGGCAUGCAUGAAUGCAUGUCAAGCUUCGGUCGCAUGCAAUGCAUUUCAUAAAACACAGAUAUCAAUUACAGAGUUUGUGCACGAAAUAAACACUGACACCAAAAAUCCCCCACCUUUAUUAAAGCGCAUUAAACAUACCGCACUUUCAAGUAUGAAGAAGUACAAAAGCAAAGGUAGCGCAUGAAUGAGAGCUAUCGUUUGCUACACCUUUUAUUACUUUUGAUUAAUCCGCAGUUGAUAUCUCACUAAUGACAUUAUUUUUCCAAUGGAUGUAUUCUUUCUGAAGGAAAGAUUGUGCUCUCCGAAACUAGGACAAAUAGAGAAAGUGUUGGUAAUUAUCUGAGAAAUAAAUUAUCAAUGUAAGAAUUUAGUCAUGAAAAUUUUUCUUUAAUUUUAGCUCCUGUUCAAUGUACCCAGGGCGCGGUUGAUCUAUUCCUCCUUGUGGACGGCUCUCGAAGUAUCACAUCGCCAAAUUUUAAAUUGGUUAAAAAAUUCCUGAGAAGACUGACAUCGGAGUUUGACAUCGCUGAGAAUGCAUCUCAUGUUGGAUUACUACAGUUCAGCGAUAGGAAGUCAAUGAGUUAUGAAUUUGCCCUCAGUGAAAUGCAUAGCAACAAGCAAGUGAGGAGAGCGAUCAAGCACAUGAAGUAUCGCGCUGGGUCAAAAACUAACACCGGUAAUGCAUUGAGAAUUGUUGACAACUAUGUAAGUAAUUAUAUAUAAUAAACGUUAAUUUGUAACACCAUGAUAAACCUCAAUUUGGCCAGGUUAAGAAAUUCUCACCGUCUGAAUUCCUAAACAAAAAAUUCCUGGGUUCUCAUAAAAAUAUAAAAUUUAAAUUCUUCACCAAGUUCUUAACAAGGAGGCUCCUUAGCAAAAAAAUUGAAAUGGAAACGAAUUCUCGUUAUUAAUGAAGAAAUUCUAUGAUCUUUUAUUGCGGCAUUUUCGAGCCACAGCAAUCGACCAAAAUUGACAACCUUUAUAUUUUACCCCAAGAUCUUCAAAUUUUUAAAGUGAUUGAUAUUUUUGAGGAUAUUUUCAGAAAUACGACCUUGGAUUUUUUCCGAGUAAUUGAAUAAAAGCCUUUCUAACAGAGAAAUAGUUGUGAAUUAGUACAUAUAAAACCAAUUCUUAUUAUUUUGGUCGCGUGAAAAUAAAAAGAUGAGGUAUUUAUCUUGCAAAUGUUGAUCGGAUCCAGUUAUUUUUCGGUGCAUGGGAUCCACUUUAUUCAUUUAUUCAAAUUAUUUCAGCAAUGCUACCUGAGUCUUCUUUUCAAGAAAGGGGACUUUUUUGAGAAAAGAUAGGAAUCUUUGGGCUUUUAACGAAAAAACUUCUUCAUUGUCUGCGCUGCCUGCACUGAAACCCUGAAUAAAAUAUAUAUUUUAUUAUAGAUUUUCAACAAACGUAACGGAGACAGACCGGGCGUUCUUGAUGUGUUGAUCCUAUUCACAGACGGUCAGGCACACGACUUCAGUAUGGCCAAAAAACAUGCUGAGUUAAUGAAGAAGAGAAAUAUUCGAAUCAUUACGAUUGCAGCUGGUCCUGACGCGAAGAAUCCCAAGGCAAAACUUGUGGAACAAAUGGAAGCUUUAGCGACUGAUCCGCUAAACGUGUACAAGGUUGAUUUCUCUGAGCUCAACGACAUCGUGGACAAGUUAAUUGACAUUGAUUGCCAUUUAGUCUCGCGUAAGUUGUAA